AUGAAAUGGCUGAGAGAAGUUCGAGAAGAUGUUGCUGUUGCUGCUAGUGGUCAAGUGAAAGGAAAGAGUUUAGAACAAUUGGAUCGGUCAAGCGGCAUCUCUGUUGAUCGGAUGGGCUCAAUGUAUAUUGCUGAUCAAGAAACUCAUCGAGUGAUGCGUUGGUUGAAAGGUGCGAAAGAAGGAGAAGUGAUGGUCGGUGGAAGUGGUGAAGGAUCCCAAACUAAUCAAUUGAAUCAGCUGAUAAGCUUUUCAUUUUUUUUGGAUGAUCAAGCAAAUCUUUAUGUAGUCGACGUGGACAAUGACCGAAUCCAACGUUUUGAUAUUGAAUAA